AUUCAAUGCACUUAUUAUUGAAGUGAAAAUUCUCUCCAAUUCCUUCUAUACCCGCCGCCCACUCUCCAUUUUCUUCCUUCUCUAAUUUUUCAUGUAGUGUAAUUGAGGAAAUAUUUGCACACUAUUCGACUUAGUACCUUGAUCUUUGUGUAAGACUAUGAAGAAAGAGAUAGUGUUCGCGUUUGUUUAAAGAGUAGGGUUCAAUACUUGGUGACACUUUACUAUAUAUAAGAAUCAAAGAUUUGAGUAGUAAACGGAACGAGAUCAUUAAUUCCGCUGCCACAACUCUCUAAGUACUCUCAAUCUCAAUCUCGUAAAUUAAUAAUACAAUCAUGAUAUUAUUUUUUUCAAUAUAAAGUUCUUUGGUGAAGUAUUUUGUCUAACAUCCUUACUUUUCGUGUGACCUUAGCUACUAGAAUUCCAAUCAAUGAUCUGUGGUGUCUACUUUGUGGUGGUGAGGACGAGACAACUUAACAUAUUUUUAUGCAUUAUAACUUUGCGUAUCAGCUUUGACAGUUUUUGCUUUGGGAUUUUAUACCAAUUGGGAUGUUUUUGUAUGCACCGAUAAAGAUGCCAAUUGUUAAAAACUUACAUUGUAUAUACGUGACAGUAAAUUCUCAAAAUUAAUGAAAACAUGUGAGAUACAUAUAAGUAUAUAUAAUAACUAUACAUUUAGUAUUUAAUGAUAAAACUUUAACUGAUGCUUUGAAUUUAUAAAAAAAAAUAAAAUUAAAUAAGUAUGGCCACACAAAGAUCAACAUUAAAAUAUGCUGAGUUUGGCUACUAAUUUGCCAUUAAUUUAAUUCAACAUUGUCGGCAAGAAAAAUUAUUAAAAUGCUAAAUUAGAUUGAAAGAAAAAAAAAAAAGUCUAGUCUACUAAUUGUUCCGACUUGUUUUUGAUAAAUUUCAAUCAAAAUCAUAUCCAAUUACCAAAAAAAAAAAAACCUAUUUUUGGGACAAAUACUAAGUAUAGGAGAAGAAUUUUAUUGACGUGGUAAAAUUCAAAUGGUCCGUUAAAAAAACUGAAAUGGAUCCAACCACAGAGGAUAAAACAAAUCCAUCGGAACUCACACUACACAUCAAGGCAGUAGCGGUGGCACGCAGGUACAGGCGUUAGGCGUAGUCCCAACACUCAAAAAUCUCACAUCCCUCGAUCUCUCUCUUCUCUCUCUGCUUUUUCUGUCGUUCAGAUCUAGGGUUUCAUCACAAAACAAUGAUAGAGCUUCUGUACAUGGUGAUCCUCACCGAAAUGGUGCUGAUUCUGACCUUAGUUUUCAAAACCCCUUUGAGGAAGCUGGUUCUCAUGGCUUUGGAUAAGAUUAAGCGAGGCAGAGGUCCCGUAAUGGUCAAGACCGUCGCCAUGACUGUCUUCGUUCUGCUCAGCUUCAGCGUCUACAGUAUUGUCAACAUCCAAAACAGCACGAUCGAGGCUGGUGCCGUUAAUCCGACUGACCAGGUUCUUAUGGCCAGGCACAUGUUGGAAGCUUCUCUCAUGGGAUUCAUGCUAUUCCUCUCUUUGAUGAUUGAUAGACUACAUCAUUACAUUAGAGAACUUCGAUUACUGAGGAAGACUAUGGAAGCUGCAAGGAAACAAAACCGAAGUCACGAGGAUGGGAAAAAUAGUAGUGCAGAGGAGCUUAAGACAUUGGAACAAGAUAUGGUUACACUGAGGGGAAGGAUCAAGAAGCUGGAGUCUGAGUGUGAGGCGAAAACAGGGGAGGCAAAGGCAUCUGAAGCUAAAGUUGAGGCACUUAGAAAACAGUCUGAAGGAUUGCUUAUGGAAUAUGAUCACUUGUUAGAGGAAAAUCAAAACCUUCGGAACCAGCUAGAGUCAAUUGACCAAAACCCUCAGCAUGAUAACAAAAAGAGCAUGUGAAGAAUUUUCAGACGGAAGUAAACAAGAAAAGCUCUUUCUAGCAUUGUCUGAGGGUAUCUUAGAUAUGACGUUAUUAAAGAGAGCAAUAGGAAGGCAGUGAUUAAUCUUUACAAUUGGCUUUCGUUCAAUGUGAAUUUGUAGUCAGAAUAUAUGCAAUAUUUGGUUAAAUUUUCAAAUGCAAUGGUUAAAAAUAUGUAUACCCAUUAAACGUA